GCCCGCGGGGCGGGGCGAGGCUGAGGCGGCCCCGGAGCCGGGACAGGAGGCGCCCAGCUGCGCCAAGAUGGCCCCAGCCUGCGAGCGGCUGCACUUCCGCUUCCCCAGCUACGGGGAUGGGGUGCUGCGGCGCAUGGACCAGCUGCGGGCGCAGCGGCGGUUCUGCGACGUGACGGUGCAGGUGAACGAGCUGCGGGUGCCAGGGCACCGCGUGGUCUUCGCCGCCUGCUCCCCGUUCCUGCGGGACCAGUUCCUGCUCAGCGACUCGCCCGAGGUGUCUGUCUCGCUGCUGCAGAGCCCCGAGAUCGGCCGCCAGCUGCUGCUCUCCUGCUACACCGGCUGCCUCGAGGUGCCGCUGCCCGAGCUGGUCAACUACCUGACGGCCGCCUCCUUCCUGCAGAUGGGCCACGUGGUGGAGCGCUGCACCCAGGCUGUCUCCCGCUACCUGGUGCCCAAGGCCGAGGCGGCGCCGGGCCCGGGGCAGGAGGAGGAGGGGUCCUCCCCCAGCCCCCUGCCUGCACGGCGGCAGGAGGGGCCAGGGGGGGCCGGGGAUUUCCUGGCCUGCCGCUCCCGCGGCAGCCCCUCGUCCCCCGAGAUCUCCCUGCCCCUCCUCAACUCGGCCGUGGAGCUCACCCACAGCUACUUGCAGGGCUGCUACGAGGACGAGGCAGCGCCGGGGGGGCCCUUCCCCUGCCCCCCAGCCCCCGGCCAGCCAGGGGGGCCGUGGCGGGGCUGCCCCAUGCGCCGCCGGCACCUGGAGCCAGCCCGGAAGGACAGGAAGGCGCCCGAGCUGGAGCGGCCCUACCGGUGCCCGCGCUGCGACGGCCUCUUCCCCCAGCUGGGCGGCUUCGUGAGCCACGUGCGGGAGCACAAGCUGUUCCUCUGCCUGCGCUGUGCCAAGGUCUUCUCCCAGAAGAGCAACCUGACCCGGCACCUGCGUGUCCACACUGGCUUCAAGCCCUUCCAGUGCCCCGUGUGCCACAAGUGCUUCACGCAGAACGCCACGCUGCAGGACCACCUCAACCUGCACAGCGGGCGCAAGCCGCACCGCUGCAACUACUGCGCCGUGCACUUCACCCACAAGCCGGGCCUGCGGCGCCACCUCAAGGAACUGCACGGCAAGAGCACCUUGCAGAACAGCCACGAGGAGAGCGAGGAGCUCGCCGGGGCCUGCGACUGAGCGCGGGGCCGAGCCGCUGCCCUCGGACGGGGCCACUGGGCGCCCUGGGGAGGGGCCACAGACUGAGACCUCGGGCCACUGGCCACCCUGGGGAGGGGCCACGGACCCACAGACUGAGCCCUGGGGCCACUGGGCGCCCUGGGGAGGGGCCACGGACCCACAGACUGAGACCUCGGGCCACUGGCCGCCCUGGGGAGGGGCCACGGACCCACAGACCGAGCCGAGGGGCCACUGGCCGCCCUGGGGAGGGGCCACGGACUGAGCCCCGGGGUCACUGGGCGCCCUGGGAGGGGCCAUGAACCAAGCUGCGGGGGCUCACAGGGUGCUGGGCACACCCACAGCGAUACCACGGACCGUUCCAUUCCCUCCUGGGGGGUGGGGGGAGCAAGUCUAAUGGGCCUGACCGAUCCCUCCUGAGGGGAAGGGAGGUCUGCCCAGGAGACGACUAGACCAUUCUCUGCUGAGGGUGACCCUCUCAGCCCAAACCAUUUGCUUGAGAGGGAGGAAGAGAAUAUUCAUUCUUAUGCCCCCCAAAUUCUCUGGGGUCCAAAGGACGGGGUGGGGGGCACUCCAAAGCAGGGGGCUGGAAGCCAGGGCACCCGGGUUCUCUGGUGGUCAGUGGGAUGGGGGAGGGGUAGCAGCCCCAGGCUGAAUCCCUCUUAUGAACCUGGUGUGUCUCUUCACCCCCAGUACCAGGGCCGCAGCCCCCCGGCUCCUGCCUGGUCCGCAGGGUGGGGAAAUAGCAUGAAAACUUUAUUCCUAUAAAGUUUUGCCUUUUCCCGCU